UCACUCGUCUCGGACCGUAGCCAUUGCAUUACUACUGCCUUCGUUCCCAAAGUGAUAUAAUGCACACCGUAAAGGCUUUACUCUGCUGUGGUAGUCUGCUAGGCUUGUCCCUGGCAGCUUGCCCCUAUGCUGACCCGGCUGCACUACUCAAAGAGAAGCGUGCGGAUACCGAUGCCCCUUCACCGGGUCUCGGCCAGUUCAAGGUGGAUGAUGGCAAGGGGUUCUUGACCUCGGACGUUGGGGGCCCCAUCGAAGACCAAAACAGUCUGAAGGCUGGCAUCCGAGGCCCGACCCUGCUCGAGGAUUUCAUCUUCAGGCAGAAAAUACAGCAUUUCGACCAUGAACGGGUUCCCGAGAGAGCUGUCCACGCCCGCGGUGCAGGGGCACACGGAACCUUCACCAGCUAUGGAGACUUCAGCAACCUCACAGCCGCGUCUUUUCUGAGCGCUGCCAGCAAGAAGACACCCGUCUUCGUCCGCUUCUCCACCGUCGCCGGCUCAAGGGGAAGCGCAGACACUGCGAGAGAUGUCCACGGCUUUGCGACAAGAUUCUACACCGACGAGGGUAACUUUGAUAUCGUGGGAAACAAUAUCCCAGUUUUCUUCAUCCAGGAUGCUAUCCGAUUCCCGGAUCUGAUUCACUCAGUCAAGCCCAGCCCCGACAGCGAGAUUCCACAAGCAGCUACCGCACAUGACUCUGCCUGGGAUUUCUUCAGCCAGCAACCCAGCACGCUGCAUACCCUGAUGUGGGCCAUGGCCGGGUAUGGAAUUCCGCGAAGCUAUCGUCACAUGGAUGGAUUCGGCGUUCACACAUUCCGCUUCGUAAAAGAUGACGGCCCUACCAAGCUCAUCAAGUGGCACUUCAAGACGCUGCAAGGAAAGGCGAGUCUCGUCUGGGAGGAAGCCCAAGUUCUCGCCGGAAAGAAUGCCGACUUCCACCGGCAAGAUCUGUUUGAUGCCAUUGCAUCCGGCAACGGACCUUCGUGGGAGCUUGCCGUGCAAGUGGUCGACGAAGAAAAGGCCCUCGCCUUUGGUUUCGAUCUUCUAGACCCUACGAAGCUCAUCCCCGAGGAGCUCGCCCCUCUCCAGAAGCUGGGAAUCAUGACCCUGGAUACGAACCCGACCAACUACUUUGCCGAAACCGAACAGGUCAUGUUUCAGCCCGGCCACAUUGUUCGAGGCAUCGACUUCACCGAGGACCCUUUGCUACAGGGGCGGGUCUUCUCAUACCUGGACACACAGCUCAAUCGCCACGGAGGCCCUAAUUUCGAGCAGCUACCAAUUAACAUGCCCAAGGCUGCCAUUCACAAUAACAACCGUGAUGGAGCAGGGCAGAACUUCAUCCACACCAACAAGUUCCCAUACAGCCCGAAUACGCUGAACAAUGGCUUCCCUGCCCAGGCCAACCAGACCACCGGCCGCGGUUUCUUUACGGCGCCUAACCGCCCUGCCACGGGUAACUUGGUUCGGGCCCUCUCGCCGACCUUUGACGACCACUGGACUCAGCCUCGGCUGUUUCUCAAUUCUUUGACCUCGGUCGAGCAGCAGUUCAUCGUUAAUGCCAUCCGGUUUGAGACCAGCCACCUGCAGUCGGAAACUGUCAAGCAAAACGUGCUCGCCCAGCUCAACCGUGUCAGCAACGACGUGGCCAAGCGCGUCGCCGUUGCCCUGGGCCUCCCGGCGCCGGCGCCCGACCCGACCUUCUACCACAACAACGUGACCGCGGGCCUCUCGAUUUUCAACUCGACGUUGCCCAAGAUCGCUACGCUGCAGGUGGGCGUGCUCGCCAGCACCAACUCGUCGUCAUCGCUCGAGCAGGCCGCCGCGCUCAAGGAGCGCCUCGCCAAGGAGGGCGUCGUGGUCACGGUGGUCGGCGAGGUCCAGGGUAACGGCAUCGACCAGACGUACUCGGCGGCCGACGCCUCGGUGUUCGACAGCGUCGUGGUCGCCGCCGGCGCCGAGGGCCUCUUCGACCCCAAGACGGCCGCCUCACCGCUGUACCCGACGGGCCGCCCCGGCCAGAUCCUUGUCGACGGCUUCCGCUGGGGCAAGCCCGUCGGCGCCCUCGGCUCGGCCUCGGCCGCGCUCGACUCGACCGGCAUCCCUUCGUCUGACGCUCCGGGCGUCUUCACCGGCUCUGAUGUCGAGGCCUUUGUGACGGAUUUGGAGGGCGGGUUGUCUCAGUUCAAGUUCACCGAUCGUUUCCCCCUUGACUUUUGAGUUAUGAGAGAAUGACAUGCGGCCUGUAUUUCUGACGAGACAUGAGAGACAAUAUUUUGGACAGAAUGUUUUCUGUGACGCAAGGUUUAUAGUGUCCUUCAGGGCUGGGGAGAAUCUUCCCCUUUUAUACUGUAAUUAUCUGAUU